AUGCCGAUUCGACACCGCAUUCUUCCCAGGCGUUCAUUCAAUGAUCUCGUAAAUUUGUUCGAUUCGGACAACGGCAGCAAUGCAUCGACGAACACCCCGCCUCUACGGCUUGUCGCAUCCACGAAUGGCAGCGGCUGGAACAGCAAUGCAAAUGGCAACGGCGGUUGGAACGUCUCCGGUGCAGGCCCCCAGAACGGACGCUCGGGCUAUGGGUGCAUAGGCAGCGGGGGGCCUAGCGGCGUCGGUGGAACUGGUGGCGCCGGUGGUGAUGCAGGGAAUACCGGAGGCGGUGGCUCCGGAAAUGGAGGCGGGGGGCCUGGUGACGGCCACCGAUGUUCUUCAUCGUCAUCCACCAAUUCUGCACCCGGAGUGCAAUCCAUUUUUCGGCGACUGGAGCUCGUGGGUCGCGGCGCGUACGGGGCCGUCUACCGCGGGGUGCACGUUGCAACAGGCACAGCUGUCGCACUGAAAGUCGUCAAUCUGGACACACCGGAAGAUGAUGUGCAGGAUAUACAGCAUGAAGUGGCUGUCUUGAGCCAGCUCAAGGAGGCGUCCAAGUUCAAUGUUGUCCGCUACUGGGGCUGUUGGAUGAAAGGGCCAGAACUCUGGAUCGUCAUGGACUUUGCCGAAGGCGGCAGUAUCCGAACACUCAUGAAGUCGGGGGUGAUUCCAGAAAAGCUGAAUGCUGUGAUUGUCCGGGAGACGCUGGUUGCUCUGUCUUACCUCCACAAGCAAGGAAUCAUUCACCGAGACAUCAAAGCAGCCAACAUCUUGCUCACCCAUACUGGGAAGAUCCUUCUAUGUGACUUUGGAAUCGCUGCCAAUCUGCAAAUGCAGAACAAGCGAUCUACUAUGAUCGGUACACCCUAUUGGAUGGCCCCAGAGGUCAUUUCCAAAGGCAAGCUGUACGAUCAAAGUGCAGAUAUCUGGAGUCUGGGCAUCACGAUCUACGAAAUGGCCACUGGGAACCCGCCCCUUGCGGACCUCGACCAGCUAGCUGUGAUCACUCUCGUUCCCAAGCAGACGCCGCCAAGGCUCCCGGCAGAUGGCCAACACUCACAGCUAAUGAGAGAGUUUGUCUCGAACUGCCUGAAUGAAGUUGCAAUUGAGCGCCCAACUGCGGAUGAGCUGAGCAAGAGCAAAUGGCUGAAAACUUAUGCUAAGGUUCCAACGAGUGCGCUCAAAGAGCUUUUGACACAGUACAGCUCCUGGGUCAAGUCUGGCGGCAUGCGGACCAGCCUACUCGGCGCUGGCCUUGCUGGUUUGAAUGAUCCCGGCAACCGCAACUCUUUUGCGUUCGAUGGAGUCGAGAGUGAUGAGGGGUGGGAGUUUAGUACGCUUGGAAGCCAAACCUUCGAAGCCAUCUCCGAGGUCGACGAGCCGGAAGCCUCACGCUUACCGGCUCAACUUCGCAAUCACCCGCUCGCGCGGCUUUUUGAUACCAAGAACACCGCAGACACGUAUGGAGGUUUUGUACCUCAGACAUUUCAGCCUUACGCAUCAGAGGCUCUUCCUUCAGAGGGACUGUUAACGCCAACAGUCUCGCAGGAUGCACCUGUCUUCAGCACACCGGUUGAAACGCCAACUCUGCGCCAGCCAACCCCCUCGACCACCGUCGAUAGUGCCACUGCUAAAAGCAGCGCCAAUAGUGCAGGAAUACAGCCGAAGAAGGCCUUGCAGGCGACUUCCAAGCCUACUGCUGCCGCCAAUGCUGCUGCGGUAAAUGGUGGCUUCAGCGGGACAGGCAAUGCGCCAUUCCGUUUCGGCGGCGGAGGCGGCGCUAGCCACUUCAGACGCCCCACACAGCCAUCAGAGCGUCAGAGGUCUGCUUCGAUCCCGCAGCCAACGAGAUGUCGUGAUGAGUCUACUCGCUCAGACACCGAUGCUGGACCUGACUCGCGGACAAGCACAAGCGCGACAUCGAGUCGGGAGGAUCUUGUGAGCCAAAGUGGGCACCGCAGCAGCAAUUCGAGCGUGAAUAGCAGCUCUAUUCCUACGCACUUGCGUUCUGCUUCCCGCAGUGGGCAUUCGCAUAAGCGGGGCAAGAGCAGCGUGUCGAGCUUCUCUUCGACGUACCACAGCCCAGGAUCAAGCUCUUACUCGCCGGCUGUCGAGCAAACUGGAUGGCAGCGACAGCAUGAGUCCAAGGGGAGCAUUUCGAAGCUUAUGCGCGGCUACGCUGGACGGCGCCUUGAUGCGAUCAAAGGCGCGAUGCCGCCUUUCUCACGAUCGAUUAGCGAGCACCCGGCUCCGAUCAAGAAGCGCCGGCCUUCAGCUGGCGAUCCGGACGCACUGGUGCUCCGACGCCAAGCGUCGCAGCCGGUGCUAGAUUCCUUUGGCCGCCCAAGAACGGGAAGCGCGCCAGAGACACCGCCUCCGCACAUGAAAAAUGUCCACGAAGUUGGCGCGGAAUCCAGCAUCGAUAGGGCCAAGCCCGCCCUUGCCGCUAGUAUCGAGGGUGGGACAAACCCACAGUCCGGGCUUUCACACACGCGCAAGCAGCACGGCGGGAGCGACCCGACUCUGCGCAGCAGCACGGAUGCAGCAGGCCACCUCGCCAGGACGUGGCGAGAGCGAAGCACAAGUCAAGCUUCGGUCGGCGGUGGCCGCAGCGGAGGGGUUCCUUCUGGGAUCGGCGCCGGCACUGCACACCUCGUUCGCUCGCAGCUAUCGAUGGUCGUCGCCGCCACCCCACCGAGGGCGCUGAAGCUCGUCCGUUCGAAUUUGGACGGCAUACGCGACGCAGAAUCGCCCAUGGCAGGCAGGGGACAGCACCAUGCGGGUGUGCUCGGCAUCAGCGGCGAUACACCAGGUGCGUCGACCUCCUUCUCGACGGUCAUGCCGAGCGCUGCCGAGCCGGCGUUCUCCGCCCUCUCUUUGGGGAUGGGCACUCCGCGUGGACGCGCGGAGUACGGCGGACGAGUGCGAAUGCAGGGCGAAGCAUCCGAGAGCGGGGUAGCUUUGGGUGGUGCGGGUGCGUCAGCGUCGCUGCCGCAGCCGUGGACGGCGCAGAGCAUCCAGUCUGUGCAUGCUGGUGCCAUGGAGGCGUCACUGUGUCCCUUGGAUCUUGUUCACCUGAUGAGCAAGGAUGAUGUCAAUCUCGAACUCGCAAAGCGUGUCGAAGAUGUCGGCCGGUGGCUCGAUUUACUGAGUCAUGAGCUGAGUAGCAUGCUAGAGUGA